UUUUUUAUUCUAAAACUGGUUAAUAGUUAAUCAUUCUGAGUUCGUCUCGAAGGAUCGAUCAUACUGUCAAAGAUUUUUUUGGCCAACCAUACUACUUAUGAAAGAUCGACAGGCUUGGCUUCUCAAUUAGAUUUUCAGAACCUCAGCUUGUUUCCCCUAAUCAUCUGGUAUUACCCUUCUCUCUGUUUCCGGCUCGGGAAAAAUGGCCCUGCAGGGAACGGAGAACGCAUGCGAAGAUACAAAUCUUACCGACAAUGAACAAGAAGAAUUCUCUGAAUCUUUUGUUUGCUGCGUUUGUCUGGAUCUGUUAUACAAGCCUAUUGUACUGUCUUGUGGUCACAUAUCCUGUUUCUGGUGUGUCCAUCGGUCGAUGAACCCUCUGCGCGAGUCCCAUUGUCCAAUUUGUAGGCAUCCAUAUUAUCACUUUCCAACAAUCUGUCAGAUGCUUCACUUUCUGCUUCUGAAGAUGUAUCCUGCUGCUUACAAGAGAAGGGAAAUUCAAACUCUUGAGGAAGAAAAGAAACGGGGCUGCUACUCUCCUCAAUUUGAUGAUGAUAAUCUUGUAUCAGAAGUUAAGUUUGACCAUCCAGGUACUUCAUCUUCCUGCUAUGCUGGAAAUCUGGGUUCCAACCCACAGAAUGCAGGACUUUCUGCAAGGAUGGAGCAAUCAGGGUCUGAAACUCAAGAGCAACAUAAGGGCACCAUCUCUAAAGAUAUUUUUGGUGGAACACCUGAAGCUUUUGGGACUCCUGCUCAAGUAAAACUUCUGCCUCGGAAUGAUAGGCAGCAGAAGAUAUUGGUUGAAGAUGUCAUGUGUUCAGCAUGCAAGCAACUGCUUUUUUGUCCAGUUGUUCUUAACUGUGGUCAUGUAUACUGUGAGUCUUGUAUCGAGAACUCAGCUGAUGAGAUGCUUAGAUGCCAAAUUUGUCAACUUUCACAUCCAAGGGGAUUUCCAAACGUUUGUUUGGAGCUUGAUCACUUUAUAAAGGAACAAUUUCCGGAGGAAUAUGCAAAGCAAAGAGAUGCUGUUCAACUUAGGCAUAUCUAUGGCAAACCUGAGAUCCCUUCUUGUUCAUUGAAUAAGGGAAAAGGAGGAAAAGCGGCAUGGUGGUCUGAUCCUCAACCAAAAGUACAUGUUGCAGUUGGUUGUGAUUUUUGUGGGAUGUUUCCAAUUGUUGGGGAUAGAUACAGAUGCAAAGACUGUAAGGAGAAGGUUGGUUUUGAUCUUUGUGGUGAUUGUUACAAAAUUCGCAGCAAGAUUCCUGGUCGGUUCAAUCAGCAGCACACUCCGGACCAUGAGUUUGAGCUGAAACAAAGUAAUCUUAUCCGUAACAUAGUGACGCUGGUUGCUGGUCAGUCAGGAGAUGGCUCUAUUGACUAUUUGCCUCUGGAAAGCAUAGAGUUUAGACCUGAAGAUCCCAAUUUGGAUGUUGAUAGUGAUGGAGAACAUACCCAGAAUGACUCUGAAGGCACCAAUUGAAGAGCUUGUUGGCACUCGAGAUUCCGGCUGAACCUGCCCUGCAGUUUGUGGUAGAUUUGGUGACCAAUCCAUCAAGCAUUAAUAGGGAUCCUCUAGAGUUUCAAGAAGAUUUACACAUUGAAUUUCAGAGGGACACGAAACGAAGGAGGCUUGAUUAGGGGUUCUUAUUUCUGAAGUGGGAAUCCCAAGUCUGUUAUGUGUUUCUCUCUUCAAAAUUUACACACAUAGAGUUUCUUUAGAAACGUCAGGAUCCAAAGUAUGCAGACAACUUUGUUUACUUUGGCCUUGAUUGAUGGUGAACAUUAGUGUCCAAUAUGGUUGUAUAUGGCGAGAAUGUUUGGAGAUUUUCUGCUUUGCUUUUGGGUUUGCUCAAGAGGCAAAUAAUGUUGAAUAAUUAUGAGACGAAAAUGCUAUCUUGGUUGGUUUAUUUAAUUAAUACUAUUGUUCUAUGGGCAGCUCUAUUUUGCUA